AGAGAAAAUGGCGGAAUUCGCUGGUCGUUCUAUGUGGGUCAACACGCCCAGAGCUUUCAUACCAAAAAUCCUUCGAGUUCGCUGGGGUUCGGAAACACAGAAUCUCACACACCCAUUUUCUUAUUUGCGCGAAACCCAACAAGAAAAAUCAGUUCUUGCGCAGGCCCUCUUCGUCUUUCGCCGUCUUUCGCUGCCGCGAAGCUCCAAUUCGUCGAAUUCCGCAAGCUAAGCUGCUGAUAUUUGUGGGUUUCUUUGCUGGUUCUUGUUCCUUUCUUUUCUGGGUUGCGUCUUGCAUGGAUUAGUUCUUGAAUUUCUGGAGAAGCAUGCCCAAAUCCAAAAACUUCAUGCAUAAUCUUCUGAAGACAUUCAAAUUUGGCUCGAGCAAAGAGGGGCAAGGGGAAGAGGACUGGGAGAGAAUAGCGGCUCAGGAGCAAAAGCAUUUCGCAUUCGAAGCGUUGGUUGUUGCGACGAAAGAUUUUCACCCAACUCACAAACUUGGUCAAGGUGGCUUUGGUCCCGUAUACAAGGGAAAGUUGGAAGAUGGGAGAGAAAUUGCGGUGAAAAAGCUUUCUCAUAGCUCAAAUCAAGGGAAGAAGGAAUUUACAAAUGAAGCUAAGUUAUUGGCACGUGUACAGCACCGGAAUGUUGUAAAUUUGUUGGGUUACUGUGCUCAUGGAGCAGAAAAGUUGCUAGUUUACGAGUAUGUCCCCAAUGAGAGCCUUGACAAGCUUCUAUUCAAAUCCAAUAGUAAGAAGGAGUUGCUUGACUGGAAGAGGAGGUAUGACAUCAUCGCGGGCAUCGCCCGUGGCUUGCUCUACCUGCACGAGGACUCGCACAACUGCAUCAUUCACCGCGACAUCAAGGCGAGCAACAUACUCCUUGACGACAAGUGGGUCCCAAAGAUCGCGGACUUCGGGAUGGCCCGCCUCUUCCCGGAAGGCGAAACGCACGUCAACACACGUGUGGCCGGUACCAAUGGGUAUAUGGCUCCAGAAUAUGUGAUGCAUGGAAACUUGUCAAAGGCAGCGGACGUGUAUAGCUUUGGUGUGUUGAUUCUUGAGUUGAUCACCGGACAGAGGAACAACUCCUUUAAUUUGGACGUCGAUGCGCAAAAUAUGCUUGAUUGGGCAUACAAAAUGUACAAGAAAGGGAGAAGCUUGGAGAUUGUGGACCCGACAUUGGCAUCCUCGGCAUCCGCGGAUGCCGCGGAUCAAGUGGCCAUGUGCAUCCAAAUAGGGCUUUUGUGUACGCAAGGCGAUCCGCACCUCCGCCCGACCAUGAACCGGGUCGUGGUCUUGCUGUCGAAGAAGCCCAGCAGCCUGGACGAGCCAAUCACAAGGCCGGGCAUACCCGGCACCCGUUACAGACGGUCCCGUCGGCCUCCCGGCUUGUCUAGUUCUACUGGAACGACUACAGGAGCUUCCGGCGACACUGUGGUGCACUCCUUCGGCUCAGGACUCAACACCAGGUCUGCGACUGCGUCGACGGCCUCAACCUCAACGAUGUCUACCCUUGUGAGUCCUUCGGAUCCUCACGGGAAGCGUCCUAUGCAGAGUUAGGUACAUUACUUCUAUUGAGGUAUAGGAGUUUUUGACUAUUCUUUGUAUGCCCAAAUUAGAGAUUGAAGUGGAAUGUAAAUGCUUAUUGAGGGAAUUAGUCAGGUAAGGCGUCUAAGGACGUGACCGGAGAAUCUAUGCAAGAUGGGGAAAAAAUUGGUUGCGUUGAAA